AUGAAGUUGAGAAGACAAGUGGAGCUGCCAUUGCAGAGCCCAGCACUAGCCAUGGGGAGAGCUGCCCAGAAAACCCUCCUCUUUUUACUCUGUCUAGCAGCAGCAGUUUGUCAGGCUCAGGACACCUGCCCAGUGGUGAGGGUAGUGGGUCUCAACAGUACCGAGAAACUCAUUAUUCUCCAAGGCUGCCCUGGAAUUCCGGGUGCUGCAGGGCCCAGAGGAGACCAAGGAGCUGCAGGACAUACAGGACAACGGGGACCUCAGGGGAUCCCUGGAAAGGCGGGGAAAGCUGGCCGAAAAGGAGACCCGGGAGACCCUGGACGCCCUGGAAUACCUGGAGCAAAGAACUGCAAGGAGUUGUUAGCUAGAGGCAACGUCCAGAGCGACUGGUACACCAUCUACCCCCGUGACUGUAAUGCCAUGACCGUGCUGUGUGACAUGAAUACAGAUGGUGGAGGAUGGAUUGUGUUCCAGAGACGGGUGGAUGGUUCUGUGGAUUUUUACCGUGACUGGAGUUCGUACAAGAGAGGUUUUGGCAGCCGGCUGUCAGAAUUCUGGCUGGGGAAUGACAAUAUUCACCUGCUAACAUCCCUUGGUCCCCAGGAGCUUCGCGUCGAUCUCAGAGAUUUUGACUUCAACUAUCAAUUUGCUAUAUACAGAUCAUUCAAAAUUGCAGGGGAGUCCGAGAGAUACAAGCUGAUCCUUGGAGAGUUUGUUAAUGGCACUGCAGGGGAUUCCUUAACUGACCACAACGGCAUGAUGUUUACAACCCAAGACAGAGACAACGACUUCUCUAUAACUAACUGUGCUAUAACCUUUAAAGGGGCCUGGUGGUACCGGGAUUGUCAUAUGUCCAACCUGAACGGAUUAUACCUGAGUGGAGCCUAUGAAAGCUAUGCUGAUGGGGUGAACUGGGCUUCAGGCAAAGGGCACAAGUACUCCUACUGGUUGUCUGAGAUGAAAAUUAGGCCCGUGUAG